UUUCCUUGUUGAGUUUUGUUUUGCUCUCUCUAGAAUGGAUGCAAUUGCAGCACCUCCUUCGUUCUACCAGUUGGGCCGUCGUAAACGUAUUCAUCUGGUGAGACAUGCACAAGGAAUGCAUAAUGUUGAAUCAGACAAGAGUCGCGAUCCACUGGCAUCGUUUGAACUUUUCGAUGCUCAACUCUCGCCUCUGGGCUGGCAGCAGGUUGUUGAUCAGCGGGAAACUGUUCGUCGAAGUGGCCUACUUGGUAAGAUUGAAGUUGUCAUCGUUUCCCCUAUGUCAAGAACAUUGCAAACAGCAGUUGGAAUUUUCGGUGGUGAGGACCAAGCGGAUGGAUUACACGUAACUUCAUGGCAGGAUUCAAACGUAGAGAGUCGGCCACCAAUUGUAGCGUAUGAACUUUGUCGAGAGCGAAUGGGAAAAUAUGAAUGUGACAAGAGAGAAAGCAUCAGUCAGUAUCGGUCUCGUUUUCCAGGGGUUGAUUUUUCAUUGAUAGAAGAUGAAGAUGAAGUAUUGUGGGAUCCAAAUGAAAGAGAAACUCUUGAAGCAGUCAACGCUAGGGCCAUUAAGUUCCUCAAAUGGUUGUGGGAAAGGAAAGAAAAGGUGAUAGCGGUGGUGAGCCAUGGUGUGUUUUUGCAGCAAGCGAUGAUCGAACUUUUUCAAAACAAAAAUCAUUACACUUUGCCCCUCAACAACGAUUAUGAUCCAUGCAGCCGCUUUAAAAAUUGUGAAAUUCGUUCGGUGAUCACUUUCCAUGAAAGCAUGAUGGGACUGGGAUCGGAUUCCAUGAUAUGUAAGCAGCAACGUUGUGGAAGAAUUGAAAACCAAGUGCUCCAGAUCAGAGAAUCUGCCAAAGAUAAAAUUCCAGUGGAGGAAGUGGAAGUCGUCACUUAAUGAUCACUUCGUGUCACAUUUCAGCGCAUGACUCAAGAUCGCUCAACUGCUACCGUCGGAUCAUUUCACACAUAGCUUGGUGCUUUUCGAAGAAAUUGUAUCUAGUACUGUCUUCUUUCUCUUUCAUUUUGCCGGAUUGGAUUUUAAUAAUGUGAAAUCAACAAACUGUUUUGUGUG